UCGUUUACCAUGAAGCUCACGCUUUCUAAAACUAUGAAGUUUGAGCUAUCACGCGUUGGUAGUCUGCCUAGGAGUGGAUGUAUUAGCGAAGUAUGUAAUUAUUCCAAUGUCACCUUCGACACGCCAAACUGCCUUCUUUACACUAAAUUCGGCGCUGUUCCCUUUCUUACAAAUGAUAUCGUGAGACAGAUUCCUGGUCUACCGGGCCUUACAUUCGCUUCCAUGAAUUUUUUACGUGAACGUCUUGAGGUAUUUAAGAAGUUUGGCAGGGGCUUGGCUCAAUUUUCUGGCUUAGGGCUCCCGGUUGUUCUCUUUCAGAAUGACCCUACCGAAGAUGCUGUAACUCGUGCUGUUGACAAAACAUCUGUCCAAGUGUGGGCUGUUGGGGGCCGUUUGCCUGUGACCAUGGAACAGUAUGCGGACUGUGUUGUCAGUGCACUGCCCGUGGCUUUUCAGAUGCCGGUCGAUAAUGAAACUGCUUUUCAUGAUAUAUCCCCACCGACGAAGAAGCGUUGUCAAAAGUCAGUACAGCGAACAAAGUUCUAUGCGGACAUGAUCGAGAAGUUCGUGAUGUCAAAUGAGAAACUUCGGGAAAUCCCGGCCCUUAUUUCCAUAGCUGGUGGGAACGAUCUUGAUCAGCGUCUCCGCGGAAUCGCUUCGUCAGAUUUUAGCCGUGGAUCCGGCGUUGUACUCGACGGUUUUUUCCAUGAACCUCUUGGGGGAAACCGGUUAUCUCAUCUGGAAACCGUUUUUACAAUCCUUACUUCCGCCUGUUCUCGUCUUCCUGCUCACCUUCCACGCUUUCUCACAAAUCUGUGGCAGCCUGACGAAGUCGUCCGCGCCUGUCUCUGUGGAGUUGACCUCUUCGAUGGCAGUCUACCCUUCCGUCUCACUCGCAGUGGUAUUGCCUGGGUUUACACAGCAUUUCGCAAGGAAUUGGUGUCAUAUCCUUGGAUAUGUUUCCCACUGAAGGCGGAAGAAUUGAAGCCUGCGGUUUAUCGCCAACCGAUCCAAUCCGAUUGCCCGUGCUUCGCAUGUCAGCGGCACAAUCAGGGAUAUGUGUCGCACUUGCACAGCGUGAACGAGAUGCUGGCUCAUAUUCUUCUGAUGAUGUAUGGUGGCUUAUUUUAUCAAUAUUUAAGGAAUUACCCAUGCUGUGAAGUAUUAGUUCUGUCAAGAUGCUAA